AUGGCCUCAAUCGCUCUCAAUAUAACUUAUGGAGCUUCUAGUAAAAAGUUCACCAUCCCUAAAUCAACCACAAUAUCGCAGCUCGUUUCCGAAGCACUCCCAAAGUUUGGAAUAUCAAAAGAUGAAUAUACAGGCACACUUUCCUACAAUUCUAAACCGCUUGAUUCGUCUCUUCCUAUUCGUCUAACUCCACUUCUAAACAACUCCAAAUUGAAGCUUUCAGUUAGCAAACUUGAUCUCGAUUUCGAUGUCAAUGUGAAAUUAACGGUGGAUGGAGCUAGUUCAAUCAAGAAAUGUGGGGCAAGUUUGACCGUUCGUGAAUUGCUUGAUCUUUUCGCUGUUGAUCUUACAAGAGACAGCGAAGUGCGGAUCUUGGAUUUGAAAUUGACUUCCAGCUCAGGUCAAUAUGAUUCGGUCAAAUUAGGAAGUGUCGUGACUAAGAAAGUUGGCAGUGUUGUUAUUCGAUUGAACUACACCAAGCUGGUAAGUGAGCAGGAAAAGAUAAACCUUGAACAGCAAGAAGCGGUAAAGUUGCAACUAGAAGGUGAAAGAAAGAGAAAGCUCGAGGAAGCAGAAAGAAGAAGACAGGAAGAGGAAAAAGCAAAUACUGAAAGACUUUUGAAAGAACAGAAGCAAGAACAGGAAGAAAAGACUGCACACGUUGAACCUAUGGAUAUCGAUGAAGAGAAGCCAUUGCAACAAUUUCAUGAUCACAAGAAAGUGCUUGAGGAUGUGGAUUCAGCCACCACUCCAAGCAAACAGUCAACUCCUAUUGAUCCUGUCUAUGUUGAAGAACCACUUGCUGAAACGCCUCAACUUUACGUUCCCUCUACUUCUAGUAAGGUUAGUACUUAUGAGAACCCUGACGAAGAUUACGAAAUGACAUUGGGCCAAGCUAAAGCAUAUCACAACAUCGUUAAAAACUCGGGGGUUAGAAAGAAGAAGGUAUCGCCUUCUCCAGCCUCCUUACCUUCCAAAUAUCUUAUCAGAGUUAAAUUUCCUGAUUUAACUAUUCUUCAAAUUAACUUCCUUGAAGAUGUUCAUCUUGUUAAAUUUGGUCAGCUAGUUAAAAGGAUUGAUGAAUUACUCUAUCCGGAUUUCAUAAACGGUUACAAUUUGAAAUUGGGAUACCCGCCAUUCUCGCCUCUUGGGCAAUCAUUUGAUAUGAAUAGCAAGUUGCUUCAUGAAAUGCCUGAUUUCAAGAGUGAACGAAUCACCCUUAUCUGGGAGUUGGCCAAGAAUGACUUGAACAUAUCAGGGCCAUAUGUCAAGAGUGAAGGUGACGUCACAGUUAGAGCAACAACUGAGAUGCCAGGGCAAGUAUUGGAAAGCAUGAGAGGGGAAUUACCUGAUGAUGAACAAGAAAAGAAACCUCCUAAAGAAGUGACUGGUCAAGCUAGCUCCGAAUCCAAGAAACCAAAUAAGCUACCAAAAUGGUUGAAGUUUAAGUAG